AUGUCAUUUUCACCAAGGCCUCCGCCGAAAUUCCAACAGUACAACCAAUAUCCUAGACGUGCCCCAGAACCCCAGUUACAACCAAAUCCUUCGCCAAAGCGUUUCUCACCAGCACCACGACCCAAUUUUGGUCCGCCUCGGCUGCCUGCGCCACCGGUUCAACAAUUCCGACCUUUUUCCUCUGGAAGCGCUCCCUUUGCGCAACGUCGCAAGUCAUAUCAACCAGAUGAUAAGUUUCCACCCCAAGGGAACGCCACACGGUGUUCUUCAGCGCCGCCACCUCCGCUUGUCUCACCAACGACUCUCGAUUUUGAUAAGCAAAAAUCUUUUCAAACUAAACUUGACGCAGUGAGUGUGACGCCCCUUCUUCGUUCUCAUCAAUUUCAUCAGGUGCUUUCUAAUAAAGCAACUUUUCUAAAGUCGGCGAUGGCUUCAUUUAGGCAAUUUGAUACAGAUGGGGAUGGUAAACUGGAAUUUCGAGAGGUGCAAAAAUUGAUGGAAAAAUUGAUCGAUAAUUUGCAGCUUCCUUCGCUUGACGAGCGGAUGUUACACAGAAUAUUCAAGCGGUUCGAUGCUGAGAAUAGCAACUACCUCAAACUCUCUCAGUUUCAAUUAAUGUAUUGGGAGCUUCUUCAAACAAUCAAGGAAAAAUUCUAUCCGACACGUAAAGUAAAAGUUCGUCGAAGUUGUUUUGUCGGCCGGCGCGAUUUAUCGGGCGACCAGAACAUCGAGAAAUUAUUCACGUUCGAGAAGCGUUUGGGCGCUGGAUCGUUUGGUGAAGUGUUCCUAGUCCGUGAGAAGGCGUCUGGAUUUCAGCGUGUAUGCAAAAUUAUAAACAAAGAUCUUUCGAAAAUUCCGAUGGAACAGAUAGAAGCAGAAAUUGAUGUCUUGAAGAAAUUAGAUCAUCCCAAUAUCAUCAAAGUAUUCGACGUUUAUGCAGACUACAACUCCAUCUACAUCAUCAUGGAAACAUGCGAUGGUGGAGAGCUUGCCGAUCGGAUUUCUAAAACCUUCGAGCAGGGUUUUAUUUUGACGGAGAAAUACGUUGCUAAUGUGAUGAGACAAUUGUUAGAAGCAGUCAAUUACUUCCAUACAGCUCUCGUAGCGCACAAAGAUUUAAAGCCCGAAAACAUUCUGUAUCACAACAAAUCCGAGGAAUCUUCAAUCAAAGUGAUUGAUUUUGGUCUUGCUGAAUUGUUCGACCGUCAGGAGCACUUCAGUCAAAAUGCAGCUGGAACGUACCUCUACAUGGCACCCGAAGUUCUGGACUACGUUGUUACCCUCAAGUGCGAUAUUUGGAGUUGCGGCUGCAUCAUGUUUCAAUUGUUCACUGGCGAAGUCCCAUUUCCUGGAGAUACACUCGAGGAAGUUGAGAGGAAGUUGCGAUAUUCGGAACCCGAUUACACCAAGUUGAGCGGACUGCCUAUCAGUGGGGCGGCUGUCGACUUGCUGAAGCGCAUGCUCUGUCGCGAUUUGAAUCAAAGAUAUUCGGCUCAGCAGCGAUAUCGACGUCAAUCAAAUUUAAAAAAUGUGCUUACAAACAUGUUGGCACACCAACUGAAUGUUACUGGAGGUCAAGUCCGUCAAAUCAACGACGUUUUCAAGGCGCUUGAUGUCGAUGGAAAUGGAUUAUUGUCGAAAGCAGAAUUAGCGGAUGGGUUGAAGCGAGUUGGUUUUCCCCCUCACGAAAUCAGUCAGAUCAUCCAUGCCCUCGAUGUGGAUGCUUCAGAUUCUGUCUCGUACACGGAAUUUCUGGCUGCUUGUUACACAUGGAGGGAAUCUGAGCUGAACGUUGUGUGGACAGCAUUCAGUAAAAUGGAUCGUGACGAUGAUGGAAAAAUUACGGUUGACGAGUUCAUUGAAUGUUUGACAAGCGCCCCAAAAUCUGGUACAGACAAUAAAGUAACACUCAAAACACGAAUUGCUCAUGAUGAACGGGAAUUAAGGAAAAUGGCGCGCGAAAUCGAUAAAAAUGGCGACGGAGUCUUAGAUUGGGACGAAUUUUUAGAAUAUAUGAGGUGCGGGAUGUGGUCUUGGAUGUUGUGGAUGAUCUCUAUGUUCAACUGUGAAUUGGAAUGGAUGGAAAAAAGAAGCCAUACAGUGUCCGAUCUGCAUCAAACGAUCAGAUGCAGAAAAACAAUUGCAACUGGGACAGUCGGGACUUGCUUUAGUCGAUUAUGUUGCACAGAAACAGUAUUUCGGCGCUAUUGUCCGUUGAUGUGCGAUAUUCUUGCCAAUCACGCUGGCACGUGCACCUCUCUGCAUAUUGUUGCGAAUCAUUCACAUCAAUUGGCGCAAGCUUGA